GUCUGAUGUAAAGGGGAGGAAAGGAACAGCACGGAAACCCCCCCUCCCUCACUCCCACCCAGCAGAAACAAAAAACAACAACAACAACAGCAGCAGCCUGUUUGAGCUCCGGGGGAACAAAAAAGUGCCUUUCCGCGUGCAAAAACAUCGCAGAGAUGCCGAGAGGAUUUCUGGUCAAGAGGAACAAGAAAGCAACGCCCGUGUCGUACCGGAUACGCACGGAUGAAGAAAACGAAGCGCCCGGCGCGCGCAGCCCAGGACGCACGGCGGUGGCAGCAUCAGCAGCGUCAGCCUCAGCCUCAGCCUCAGCAUCAGCAUCGUCAUUAUCAUCCCCAUCGUCGCUGACCAUGAGGGGGGACUGCAAGCCGGUGCAGUUCGGAGACCCCGAGGCUGUGUGCCUGUCGCUCUACAGCCCCACGCGACCGGUCAGCAAGGAGCACGAGCGCGCCGGCUUGGAGAAGCGCUUUAGCCUCGGCUCGCCGAUUUCUGCCGAAUCUUUCCCGAGUCCCGCUGCUCUACACAGCCUGGACCAGCUCUUGCUCGCUCCCGUGGACCUCAAGAUAGGCACGAGCAACAGCAACCGAGGCGCGAACGCGAUCGCGAGCGCUCCCGGGAACGGGAACGCGCCUAAACGGUCGUCCUCCUCCUCCUCUUCGUCUUCGUCCGAGGCUGAGCGUAAAAACAAGCCCAAGCGCCCCAAAGCCAUGAGGAAGCUGCAGUUCGAAGACGAAGUGACCACUUCUCCGGUGCUGGGCCUCAGAAUCAAGGAAGCUCCCGAGGGGCACGAGGAGGCGCGCGCUGGGACGCAGAAGCAACCGCUGGGCGAGUUCGUGUGCCAGCUGUGCCGCGAGGCGUACGCGGACCCGUUCGCGCUCGCGCAGCACCGCUGUUCCAGGAUCGUGCGCGUGGAGUACAGGUGUCCCGAGUGCGAGAAGGUGUUCAGCUGCCCGGCCAACUUGGCCUCGCACAGGCGCUGGCACAAGCCCAAGCCCACGAGCGCAGCGCAGGGGCAAGAGCAAGGUGGGCAAGGUCAGGUCAACAAGAGCGCGCAGGACAAGAGCAGCUCAGAGAGCGACAGGGACACCGUGAGUCCGGGCUUGUCCGAGUCUGGAUCUGAGGAGGACGGCGCGUGUGAGUGCCAGCACUGCGGGAGGAGGUUCAAGAGGCACGCGUACCUGAGGAAGCACGUGCUCGCGCACCACAACCACCAAAACCACCGGUUUGAGGAGGAUGGAAAGGUCGAGAACGAACCGCCCCAACAUCAAGCCCAAAGCCAACCACACGUUCAGCAUCAACCACAACCUCCUCUCAACCUGAGCUCCCAGGACGUCCACAUAUGUCCCAUCUGUGGCGAGUCCCUCCCCAACCGCGCGAGCCAGGAGAGGCACGCGCGCCUCCGGCACGCCUCACGCGCAUUCCCUUGCAAGCAUUGCCCGGCCGUCUUCUACAGCUCCCCUGCGCUCACGCGCCACACCAAUAAGUGCCACCCGUCCGAGAACAGGCAGGUGAUUCUGCUCCAGGUGCCCGUGCGGCCGGCCUGCUGAGCGCAGUCCGUUCCGAUCAAUCCCACUUUUACGCACGGCUCCUACAACGAACGCGUCUUGAUCGCGCGCAACAGAGAGACUCCACAUCUCCACCUUUACGCAAGACCCCUGAGUGUGAAGGAACGCGCGCGAAGAGACACGACAGAAACUUGAAAACCCCAGAGACUCCAAAUUUUCACUUUUACGCACGGCUCCUGCGCCUUUAACGCGCGUCCCUGUAUCGUGAACGCGCUCACAGGACACGACAGAGACUAAACUCCAGAGACUCCGAAUCCUGCACUCCUAUACGAAGUGAAGAAAAAGCACUGUUUAGACUGUUAAAUUAUUUUUCUAGAAUUCUUCUGCAGUAGCUCCUAGACCUAAGAAGACCUGUGUGCCAAUACAGCAAGAUGCCUUUCAGUCCACAGGCCUAUCCACUUACAUACACACCUACACACAUUUAGCUUUAAUAGAGCUUGUGAAUCUGUGGACCUUUGGACUCUAGCUUUUCCUCCUGUCCCUCACACCUUAAAAGGGUUCCCCCCUUUAGCGUAGCCAGAAAUGCCUUGAAAUGAUAGCUCUUUUUCCACAGAGGCUCCGCUGUAAACCUGCCUUAAUCAUGUAAACAUGGGCUGAUUGAAUGUCUUAUUUAUCCUAAAGUGCGUUGAAACGGUGUGCUUAUUAUUUUUAUAUCAAUCCAAGGUGUGUUCUUUCACACUGGCUUUUAUUUAUCGAUUAUGUAUUUAUUUAUUGCAAAUGUUUUAUUUAAAUUAUUCUGUCGAGUGGUCAGUGUGUGGGUUAGGGCUAGGCGAGUUUUUGAAGCAGCCAAAAGUUGAUUUGAGUGAUGCGUCGAUAGCCUAGGAGUCGAAAAAAGACGAGCUGUCCCACUGCUUUUAGAUAGAUUUACAAUCAUUAGCCUAUUCCCUAUAGGCCAAUUAGUUUUUUAAGAUCAUUACAGUGCUUGUGUGUCUCUCCAGUAUUGCUAUAUGUCCAAAUAUGAAUAAUAAUAAUGAUGAUAAUAAACAAUCCAAAAAUCUUA